AUGUCUCAAAAACAGUACCCUUCCAUGAACCGUGCGGCCACUGAGCGUGGUUUGGCUUCCUCUACAUCCAAGGGCACUGGGCAUGUGGCGGGCGACAACACUGGGCAACCGUCUCUCGUUUCUGACGCAGCCGACAAGGUCGCUGCGGAGAAACGACCUACGGGCGAACCCAUCACCUCUUCUGGUCCCUCGACCGCUAAGCCAAUACCUCGUAACUUGCGUUUUACCAAAAAAAAGCCAACGCCAUCCAACGCCGGUACUUCGUCAGGUUCAGCUAUCCAGCCCAGCCCCUCCCAUCCGCCAGCGGUUGUCCCGGACGCCCCUGGUCAUGGGUUCGGUGGUGGAGAGCCGCGAUUCUCAUUGCCAGAACGACCUGGGUGGAUCAUCGUCGAAUUUGAAGGCAGCACUCCAGUGCCUUUGACGCCUUCAGAACGGUAUCCAGUUCUCGAUCCUUUCAAUUACGACCGUGUUUCUGGUCAUCUACGGCGCACUACUGUACGUUGGCUGCGGGAUCAGUGGCCCAUGACCGAAUCUCGACUCAAACGUCUUGAGGAUGUCAUCAAAGAGGAUAAUGAACUUUUCGCGUCUGUCGACGUAUACUGUGUUAUACAUUGGCGACUAGUCGCAUCAAACAGUAUGAAGGCAAAAGCCUAUCAUUUUCAGGGGUAUCCAGAAGGUUUUUCGGCUGCGGAUCCAUACGAUCGGCAAGGCACUCUCCCCCUCUACGACGGUCAUUCAUGGGGAUACCCCAGGAUUGAUCCAAGUGACAUUGUGGAGAACCCCACCAUUUAUCGUUUAAGCCGUCCUCACUAUCCCUACCUCACCCGCUAUGCCAAUGACCCCCCCUCGAUUACCACAAGGCUUGUCAAUUGGUUCGAGGUCGUCUACGAGUUAUACUUGGCCUGGAACCACCUUGCGUGUUGUAUUCAUAUUGUCCCCUUCAGGCCUUCCUGGUCUUCCCCGUCCCAUCAAUUUGCGUCCCUUUAUCCCUUCUAUCCCCAACAAACAGGCCAUAACCCUGAUCCUCUCGUUCUUGCAGACUUCUGCCGUGGCGUGUAUGAGAUGAGAGCCUGGUGCACGUAUGCUAUGUUCACCAUGGUUGACGUAAUCCAUCAAUCCAUCCGCCGGCCACUGUUGCAUCAUCCAGUUGAUGAAAACAUGAUGGGCGCUACUUUCUUCGAUGACCUUGAUUUGUCCGAUAGUAAUAUAUCGACUCUUCAUCGUCACGGUGUCCCUAUUUUUCAGGUACGGGUAUGGGACGGUCCACGAACAACAGAAAGACCUCAGAUAACCGCACACGUCGCGACAAGCCGCCCAGUCAGGGUGGAGCAACAUGUUCGAGUAAAUCUCUUCUUUGAGGAAAGCGCGUCGAGCAUCCUUCGGGCUUUCCCCUGGAUAGUCCAUCCACUGACAGAGGCGAAUAUGAAGCAAAGUCUUGUGUGGAUUGUUGCGGACGAGCUGGGCCUGUCUAAACCCCCUCGGCCGAUUGCCCUCCCCCAAUGUACGUCCACUGUGCUCCAAAAGCACUUUGGCAGAGGUGUUAAUAUCGAGGCUGUUGCCAAGUCGGAGGCGGUCCACCAACCAAGAGGUUUCCACGCUCAGCCUGAUCCUCGUCCCUCUGCUCCUCCGCAUUUCCCUCCUCCACCUCUGCCCCCCUUGAUCGUAGGCCACACAACCUCACGACUACAAUCCCAGCAUCCCCUUGAUCGUCGUCACCAGUCCACCCACGUUCUCCCCCCUGUUGCACCCCCCGUUGCAGCGCCUUCCACUUCAAGUGCGCCUCCAAUUCCCGACAGCUCAGGCAGCUCGGAUAGUGGAUGUGAAUUGGAUAUAAGCACAACCAUGGUGAUGCAGCGGAAGUAUCCCCAACAGCAGGGUGAAAGCAGGCGGGCCUAUUCGAGGCGAAUUUAUAAGGAACUUCAGCGGGUGAAGGAAACACUCGAUCAUCCAGAGGGGCGAUUAUUGAUAGCUGGCGCAUACCUUGGGAGCGAGAUCUGUUUGAAGCGGAUAUCGGAGGAACAAGCCAAGCCAGCACUGGGUAACAAGGCUGGCAGAGGGGUGCGGACAUCCACUCUACGUCUGUAUCUUGACAAGUUGUGGCCCAAUUCACAGCGACGAGCGAUGAUGUCCGAAACCGAGCUCCAACAGCGUCGGAAGGAUAGUUUAACUAUUCUUCGAGACUCAGGAACAUCCUUUGAGGAUCUGCCCCCAGGCGUUCUGUCUGAGCUUGCUGUCUCACGACCGGCUGUGAUGGACGUUGAUCCACCUAGUACGAUGAGGCCUGUGGGACCACUAGCGUCAACGUCUGUGGGCCUUGUUGAGCCUCAGUUGUCAAGCGAGGUCCAGGCAGGCGGUACUGUUGAGAGGCCUCGGACGCCACCAUCUCACCUCAUGAAGCGCUCUUGGUCUACAGUUCAAUCGCCUACAUCGCCCCCUCCACGGAGGCCUGCCCCGUGUCGCUCGGUGUCACCUGCUCGUGGAUCUUCAUCUCAUCCUGUGCAUCAGGUGUCUCGACAACACCAUUCCCAUUCGCGUUUGCAUUCCCGUUCUUGUUCCCUCUCCCCCUUCGCAUCCCCUCUUCCCGUCAUCGUUCCCGUUCCCGUUCCCGUUCAUGUUCCCGUCGUAGUUCUCGUUCCCAUUCCUGUUCCCAUUCCCGUUCCCGUCACCGUUCUCAUUCUCGUUCCCGUCGUCGUUCUCAUUCUCGUUCCCGUCGUCGUUCUCAUUCUCGUUCCCAUCGUCGUCGUUCCCGUCGUCGUUCUCGUUCCCGUUCCCCUUUCCGAUGGCUCUCAGUCUCGUGCCCACCCACUUUCUAGCCCCCGACUCCACAGCACUCCAGUGCAGCAUCUACAAGAACAGCAAGUCGUUGGUGGCUCGCUUACUUCGACCCCGUUUGUGCGGAUUCCCGCACACAAGUGGUUCAAGGUUGAAGUAUCCACUCAAUGUUGGGAUGCAACACUGCCGCAUCACCUCGUGCCAGCAAACCUCGCUGCCCAGUAUCGGUCGCGUGGUGUUUGGGGUGUUAAAGCGAACAUGCUCAGAUCUUCCUUGAGGAAGGAUCUCAAGGGCAAUAAUGUCGCUCAUGCAUGGAGACAUACGUUCUUGCUGAAGGAAUUGAAUUUCGUGGAUUCCUUCAAGCAGUUUAUUUUCACCACGGGCCAUUUUUUCGAUGAUCACACCACCAGCAUGCUUCUCUCGAAUUUGAAGGGGAUUGCGGCUUUCGCCUCCGCUGACGACCUAGUGUACAUCUCAUGUGUCUAUGAGCAUGCUAUCAACGAAUACGAGCAAGCUCUACUUCGUCAAUUGGCCCCUCCUCCUCUUCAUCAUGACAUCAUCCCUGACGUUGUCCUGGACUAUUGGAGCUACCCACCAAUCCCUGCGAGUCCUCACCAGGUCCUCCAGAAGCGAACGCUUCAAUGUUACACAUUCUCAACGUCGUGGCUUUCAGAGCGCAUUGCCUCGUUGCCAAGUGAACAGCGGACGAUUCAGCUCAGGCGUUUCGAGAUGAUCUGUUGCGCUAUCUUGCUGUACUACAGCGCUGGCAUUGAUCGCAAUGCAUAUGGUGGUAUCAACUUCGUGGCGGAAAUUUGGCCGGUUCAAGGUGGUGAAAUGAAUGUUUUCAUUCGCCGAAUUGCUGCAUGGGCAAGGGAGAAACAUGCAGAAGUUACUAUCAGCAGUCGUGGAUCAGAGAAAGAGGAGCUUCGAUUCAAAAAGGGAAUGUGGACUUUGCAGAUAGACGCUGAUCGCUCUGUUGGCGAGUUCCUGAGGCCUCUGAGCAAGUAA